GUGUGUGAGAAACGUGGGGGGGGAAGAAGGCGUUAUCUUCCGCGUUAGUGCCUGCCGCGGGCUGCAGUGUGUGUGACUGCGAGAUGCGACCUGAAGACACUAGAGAUAAUUCGCUACAUGUUGAAAUGUGAUAAUAAAACGGAGAGAAAAAGAGGAAAUAAGUCUUUCCGUGGUCGCUUCUUCUGCUUUAGCGGAAUUAAUUGUGUAGGACCGCCAGCGGAUAACAGUAAGAUAUCAGAGUUUAGUAAAGGCUGCUGACUCCUCUCACAGGUGAGAUGAGGGACCGACUGGGUGAGCUGCAGACCAAGCUUGUGGGAGAGGACAGGCCUGAGGAUGGCCAGGAGGACAAGGCUGAGGAACUGGAGCUACACACCAUUGUGUUUGAGGGAGAGGAUGUGAUGGACAGCAUCUACAAAGAGGCCCAGGCAUUGAGGAAGGAGAUUCUGCUGCUCAAAAUGGACGUGAAGCGUCUUGGGAAGCAGAACACCAGGUUCCUCACGUCUGUUCGGAGGAUCAGCAGCAUCAAACGGGACUCCAACGCACUCGGACGGGACAUCAAGGCCAAAGGGGAGGCCAUUUACGCUCGGCUGGAGAAGCUGGGGAGGCUGAGCAAAGAGCUUGAGGGGGAGCACGGGCAUACAUCAGCUUUGGCUCGCGUGGUGCGUUCACAGUGUGUUUCUCUAAACAACGCCUUCCACGAGGCCAUAUCUGAGUACAACGAGGCUGAGAUGGUCCAGAGGGAGAACUGCAAGACCCGCAUCCAGAGGCAAGCGGAGAUCAUGGGCAAGGAGGUGAGCAGGGAGCAGAUUGAUGAGAUGAUCGAGACGGGCAAGUGGAAUGUCUUCUCUGAUAAUCUCCUCCUGGAGGGAAGGACUGCCAGAUCUGCUCUCAAUGAGAUCGAGAACCGGCACAAAGAGCUGCUGGAGCUGGAGGGCCGCAUCAGGGACAUUCAUGAGCUUUUCUUCCAGAUGGCCCAGCUGGUGGAGGAGCAGGGCUACAUGCUGGACAACAUAGAAGCAAAUGUAGGUGCAACUCAGGACUAUGUUGUCAAGGCCACAGUUCAGAUCAAGAAGGCUGUGAAAUACAAGAAAAACAAUCCAUGCAAGAAACUCUUUUGUUGUUGCUGCCCUUGCUGCAACUAAGACAGCAUCCGUGUCAUUUUUUUCCCUCCAUGUCAUGAGACAUUGUGAUUAGAUCAGUCAGCUUUUCACACCACACGCUCGGCCAUUUAUAAAUGUAUACAGUGAGACACGGGUGUUACAUUUCCUGAUUGUUACUGAGAAAAGCAUUUGCAUGAUAACUUUAAACACAUCUUUAAUUCAAUGCAUACAUCUCAGCUUUGUCUUUUAACGUUCAGCUUUAAACUUUGAAAUGUUAUAAUUAAGAUAAUUUAAGUAAUGUAAAUAAGCAUAUAAACUAUAGCUUUCUCAGCCUGAAAUGUAGCUACUCUGUAAACUGGAACUUGAAGUAGGUCUUUUUCUUAGUACAGCCGUUGCUUAACAAGUCUUAAGACAUAAACAACACUCACAGCCCGGACUGUGAGUGUGGUUAGCUGGGCAGGCGAGAUAGAUCUGUGUGGAUGGUGCAACUAC